GAAAAGCACAGAAUGACGGCCGACGACGUCCAGACUCCAGAGUGUAGGUACAGAGUAGUCCACUCUUGUCGUUUUAAGCCCACACGGGUUUUGGGUUGGUGGAUUAAUUGGGUGACGAAUUCCUCGUCGCUAACGCGAGGUCGGCGUGCAAAUGGUAAACAUGAGGUGAAUGGCAGAACAGGAGGGCAGGCAUCGCGCCAUCUAUAAAGGGUCACAGCAGCCAAGUUUCGCUGAGAUCUCUUGGAUCUUCAUCCUUCAGCCGGCCUUAGGGGAACAGUCAUUCGUUUGCAACAACAUCCCUUUAUUCUCCUGCGAAUUCCAUCACAAUGGUUUCCACCACAGCUCUCCUUCUUUCACUCGGCGCCCUGGCGGCUGCCAACCCGCUCCCAGCCCAGCUCAACGGUCGAGCCAGCUGCACCUUCACCGACGCUGCGUCGGCUAUCAAGAACAAGAAGAGCUGCAGCACCAUCACCCUGAAGGACAUCACUGUGCCGGCGGGAACCACGCUCGACUUGACAGGCCUCACCGACGGCACCCAUGUCAUCUUCUCUGGAACUACCAGCUUUGGCUACAAAGAGUGGAAGGGUCCUCUCAUCUCUGUCUCGGGCAACAACAUUCUCGUCGAGGGCGCCGCUGGACACGUCAUUGACGGCAACGGUGCCAAGUGGUGGGACACCAAGGGCUCUAACGGUGGGAAGACGAAGCCCAAGUUCUUCUACGCCCACAGUCUGAAGAACUCCAACAUUAAGAAGCUGAAUGUAAAGAACACGCCUGUUCAGGCCUUUAGCAUCAACGGCGCCACCAACCUGGGAGUUUACGACAUCACUCUCGACAACUCCGCCGGCGACUCGCAGGGCGGUCACAACACGGACGCCUUCGAUGUCGGUUCCUCGACGGGCGUCUACAUCUCGGGCGCCAUCGUCAAGAACCAGGACGACUGCCUGGCCAUCAAUUCGGGCACCAACAUCACCUUCACCGGCGGCCACUGCAGCGGCGGCCACGGCCUGUCGAUUGGCUCCGUCGGCGGCCGGGACGACAACACGGUCAAGACGGUGCGCAUCCUCAACUCAUCCAUCGCCGACUCGCAAAACGGCGUGCGCAUCAAGACGGUCUACGGCGCAACGGGGUCCGUCUCGGACGUCAAGUACGAGGGCAUCACGCUGUCGGGCAUCACCAAGUACGGUGUCGUCAUCGAGCAGGACUACGAGAACGGCUCGCCCACGGGCACCCCAACCGCUGGCGUCCCCAUCACCGACCUGCACCUGUCGGGCGUCACGGGCACGGUUGCGUCGGGCGCCACCAACGUCUACAUUCUCUGCGCCAAGGGCGCCUGCUCCAACUGGACCUGGUCCAACGUCAGCGUCAAGGGCGGUAAGACGUCGUCCAAAUGCUCCAAUGUCCCCAGCCCGGCCAAGUGCUGAUCUGGCGAUGUCCUGAGCUGUUGGGUUGGUGAUUGGUGAUGGUGAGGUGACACAGAGUAUAUGCAGUUUUGUGUGCCGGGAGUCUUCUUUUCUGACUGUAAAGGUCUUGUAGUCUGUUGCGAUGUCUUGUCAUGAAUGGACAGACACAGAGCUUAUAAUAGAUUGUAUUGUACGUCCAUUGAGGUAUAAUCGGAACUAUUUCGUUG